GUCUCCAGCACGGCGGCACCGAGCCCCUGGCGCCGGGGGUGGAGGACGACGGCUGCUACAUGCAGCUGGCCAGGCCGGGGGGGGCGCUGGAGCUGAGCUUGCUGGGCCGGGCGGGCGCAGGGCAGCAGGGCCGCGCCCGCGUCAACGGCUCGCAGGCCACGCUGCUGGCCAAGAAGCGGGUGAUCCGCAUGCUGGUCGUCAUCGUGGUGAUGUUCUUCGUCUGCUGGCUGCCCAUCUUCUCCGCCAACACCUGGCGCGCCUUCGCCCCGGUCGCGGCCCAUCGGGUGUUGUCGGGCGCCCCCAUCUCCUUCAUCCACCUGCUGUCCUACACCUCGGCCUGCGCCAACCCGCUCAUCUACUGCUUCAUGAACCGGCGCUUCCGCUCCGCCUUCGCCGCCACCUUCGCCCGCUGCCGCCCCCGGCGCCCCCGGCGCCCCCCGCCCGACGACGACAUGCCUACCACCGGCGCCUCCCUCUCCAAGAUCAGCUACACCACCGUCAGCAGCCUGGGGCCCCCCUAGCGCCCCCGUCAGCAGCCUGGG